AUGGCGCUGGCGUUCGAGGUCGCGAACGUUGCCACAGUUUCGAUUCCCCAGUCACUGUAGUAUAUGGCUGGCAGUGUUAAAGGAACGAGGGAUAACCUAGUGGAAUAAAAUUUUAACUCGGGAUAUAGGUUACCAAGCGAGCAAACGACUUUUCAAGUGCCAGUGUGUGUGUUUACAGUGAUAGUUCGAUUUUGUGUGGAUUAUUUACUGAUUACUGUGUGAUACUAUUAUGUUAUUGGAUAUAUUUUCAUUCUCGAAUAUGAAAAUACGUUGACAGACGAUUUUGGGGUUGAAGCAGCCUCAAACAAUGCAGUGUCCGGAGUGACCCAUUGGCCAAUAUCGAAUUAUCCAUGAAAAUGAACUUGAUGGUGGAAGAAGUCGUUGGUCGGCUGUUAAAUAAAGGCGGCGGAGUGGCUUCCAUAUCCAGUUAUGCAGGGCGGUCGCCCUGGGUGUCCGAGAGUCUUCACCGCCCCAUACCAUCUCCACCCCAAAUUGCAGACACCAAAACCAUCAAACUCUUCUUCCAUGGGGGUAAGGGCCUCCAUCAAGACUCUCAAAAUGGUGGUGCUCUGGCGGGUCAAACGAGCCCGCCCGCCCUCAGUCCUAAUCUUCCUAGUAUCAAGAUGGAGCCCCGGCUCCCAAGCCCCUGCAUGACGAACGGAAACAGAGACUCAGAAAUGCAGUUCUCCCCCACCAAGAGGGCAAAACAGGAGGAUGGCUCCUGGCUACCUUCUCCAUCCCCUAUGUCCAUAGACUCUAUAUCACCUCCCCCCCUCCUCAAUGGACAUUCGUCCAACAGUCACAACGGCCUAUCACCCACGUCCAGUUAUGAUGCCUACUGUUCUUCUAAAGAUAAAGAUGACUUGAGCCCACCUAGCAGUGUUAUGAAUGGCAGCUGCUACGACUAUGACAAAAAGUCCAAGAAGGGACCUGCGCCUCGUCAGCAGGAAGAACUUUGCCUAGUAUGCGGAGAUCGUGCAUCCGGCUACCACUACAAUGCUCUCACUUGCGAAGGAUGCAAAGGUUUUUUCCGGCGGAGUAUCACAAAGAAUGCUGUUUACCAAUGCAAGUAUGGCAACAACUGUGAAAUCGAUAUGUAUAUGAGAAGAAAAUGCCAAGAGUGCCGUUUAAAAAAAUGCCUUGCUGUGGGAAUGAGGCCAGAGUGUGUUGUUCCAGAAUACCAAUGUGCCAUUAAAAGGGAAACAAAGAGAAAUAAAGAUAAAGACAAGCCAAAUAGUACAACAAGGGAUAGUGGCUCCGAUAAGGACGAAAAGCCCAUUGGAAGUCCCUUGGUGGCCCCUCUAAAUAAGACACUCAGUAAAGCCCAAGAAGAAUUAAUUAGCAAACUAGUAGUGUUCCAAGAAGAGUAUGAAUCACCCUCUGAAGAAGACUUUAAGAAAAUAACAGCCUUUCCUUUGGGUGAUAGUGAAGAAGAUAGUAUGAAAAGAUUCCAACACAUCACCGAAAUUACCAUCUUGACCGUCCAACUCAUCGUCGAAUUUUCCAAGAGAGUUCCUGGUUUCGACACACUUUCUCGAGAAGACCAAAUCACGUUACUAAAAGCUUGUUCAAGUGAAGUAAUGAUGUUAAGGACAGCGAGGAAGUACGAUAUUAAAACAGAUUCAAUAGUUUUUGCAAAUAACCAGCCAUACACGAGAGAAAACUACCGCAGUGCCUGCAUGGGAGAUUCUGCGGAUUCCAUUUUCCAUUUCUGUAGGAAUAUGUGUGUCCUCAAAGUGGACAAUGCCGAAUAUGCACUCCUAACAGCCAUCGUUAUCUUCUCAGAGAGGCCUGCACUGCUGGAGGCAAAGAAAGUGGAAAAAAUUCAAGACUUCUACAUAGACACACUCAGGGCAUACAUUGCAACAAACAGACCACCUGGAAAAAACUAUUUUGCGAGGUUGCUUUCCACACUGGUCGAGCUCCGCACACUCGGCAACAUGAACUCAGAGUUGUGCUUCUCACUCAAGGUCCAGAACAAAAAGCUUCCUGCCUUCCUCGAAGAGAUCUGGGACAUACAACAAUAAGAAAAACUCAUCUUUGCUCCAAAACCAUUCCAUUUUUAAUAAUAAAAAACAAACAACAAAAAGUACCUGGAGUCUUUGCUUGUACCGGCACAAUUGGUACAGAAAAGCUGCCACUACUUUUUCUCUCAUCGGAACUCAAAAUAG